AUGUUUAAUUUAAAUAAUGUUCCAAAUCAUUUAAUUCAAAUGGAUAAAAUAUCUGUGUGCAUUGUUAGUCAAAGUGAAAAAGGUGCAAAUUCAGAAUUAUUGAGAUUACAAUUACCUAAAAAACUCGCAUUGCCUCCAGAAGAAGAAGGUAGAAGUAAAGAUAAUGAUUUUAAAGUUUUAUCAGGAGUUUAUACUGAAAAUUUAGUGCAUAGAAUCGAUGGAUUAUCGAAUGAUGAAAAAGUUAUCGUUUCUGAGAAAAACAUGGCUGGUUUAAAAAUUUACAACCUUAAUAAUAAUGAAUCUGGAAAACCACAACCGGAGAGUAUUUCUAGUGUACCAUGGAUGAGUUCAGAAUUUUAUAUUAUCAAUAAAACCAAUAACGUAGUUUGUUGUAAAACAAAUCAUGAUCCAAUCGUUUUAAUCGAUUUACAAGUUAAUAAGAAAAUUCAACAAGUUGAUUAUCCUAUGAAAUGCAAACAACAUAAUCUUGCUAGUCUACAAAAUUAUGAAAAUAGUAAAAUAAAUUGCCAUAAUAAUUGUGAUAUUAAAUGCCUACCAUUAAAUGAAAAUACAAUUUCGAUAUUAAAUUCAAAAACUGGCGAUUUAUCAAUUUACGAUUUUAGAAGUGAAAAAUGUUUUGUAAAUAUUAAUAACGAAACAAAGGAAGCAAAUAUUGUAGAGAAUUGGACAAUGUCUAAAAGUGAUGAUAAAAAUUCAUUUCCUAAUCAUUUUGGAAUUUUAUCAAACACUGAAAGUUUUUCAAUAUUUGACAAAAGAAGAAAUUCUUCUAUGUUUCAAAACCGAGGAGAAUUGCACAAGCCUAAAAAAUCCAUUGAUAAUUUAAAAUUGAAAUUUUGUGAAAAAGAAGACAAAUUUUCCAUAUCUGGUUUGAAUGCAUUUGUUAAAGUUUUUAAAAUGGCUAAUAAUAAUAAUUAUAAACAUGUUUUCACUCAUAAUGGUCACAGUCCUGGUGAUGAAUUUUUACCAACAGUGACGGAUCACAUAUGGUUAAAUACAGGACAUCAAGAAUUAAUAAUAUCCAUUUGUGAUAAUAAAACAUUAAAUUGUUGGAAUCAUAAUGAAAAACUUGAAAUAAUCUAA